AUGAUCAUACUGGCUUUAUUACUAACAUUUGUAGGCGCACAAAAAUGCAAAGAGUCCUGUAUGCAGUCAUGCUUAGACGUAACUCCAGGCAUCGAUUGCUAUCCAAGGUGUUGCGACUUUAAUCCAGAGAUCUACGCUGUUGUUCCUCUAUACAAGCUUAGUCCUGAUGGCCAGUUGAUACAAAUCGAAAACCCAUUGAAAUACCCAGACUGUGACCAAACCUGCUUCACUGUCUGUCUAGAGGCUGGUGCUAACCAAUAUAAAUGCAAUUACAACUGUAAAUGCAACCCUCUUGACCUAGUCCCUACAAUUCAUGAAUCAAGACUAGCCCAAUAUUCAAUUCCUUUAGUAACUAAUAUUACAACCUUAGAACAAGGCACAACUCUAUUGGAAGCCACACUCAAAGAGAAAGCGACCACAAAAUGCGAAAAAAAGUGCGCCACCGCUUGUAUUGGGCAGGCUGAGGACUGUGAAAUUGAUUGCUUGGCAGAGCAAUGUGUGGAUAAGACAAAAAUAAGCACAAUGAUGAUUAUUGGAUUUGCUGGGUGUGGAUUUGUGCUGACAUUGCUCUCGAAGAAAUUCAUCCCUAGAAGAGAAGAUUUUAAUCACUAUACACGAUUAGAAUAA